UUCCCCAACCUCACAAGUGGUGGGGUACAUGAAAAAUAGCAUGGAAAGGAACAAUAUGUACUCUGUGGGCCUGGAUGGGAUUGUAUUGAAAUUCAUGAAUAUACUUUAAUGCUGCUAGUUGAAAACACAGCAUGAGCACACUUGUUGAAAUCUUCGGACUGUCGGGUCCAUGACCCGGACAACUUAAUUGGUUUUAUUUUCAGCUAAUGUUGCUGCAGCACAGCCAUUAAAGCAAGCAAAGGUGAAGGAAUAUAUCCCCUAUCGAGGGCCACCCUAAACCCACAAAAGCCAAUCUAAGGGGUGGUUGAAAUUAUUCAAUAUCAUUAUAUUUCAAUGUGGUUGGAAAAGAAUAGGUUUGUUGGAGUGAGAUUGGCAGUGACAACAUUCACAUACAGAUACACAUUCAAAAGUAGACAGUAACAGAAAGGCAACCGUUACAUCAAAGUGGGCAGGUCUUUCUCUUAAAAGCACUAAAUACCCAGCUUUAUUCACGUCAACAGUGCUGUUAAGGAAGUGUGUUUUUGCAUGGCUUAUAAGGGUUCCUUCUCCUGAUCAUCCCUUCCAACUGAGCUAUUCCUUAACCCCAACCCUCCAUUUUUUCCUUCUGCUUUAACCAUGGCGGCUAAUGGAGAUGUACCGGGUUCAUUGCCAUGUGCAGUGCUGCUUCUCCUACUCAUGGCAUUCAUGGCUUGCCAUGCAGAGGAACGUGGCAUAUACUUGGUUCUAAUGGAAGGAGACCCGGUUGCAUUUCAUCGAGGUUCAGGGCCUCUCGAAGAAGGAAAAAGGGUUGAACCCAACAGUGAGGUUUACAAGGCUCAUGCAAAGCACUUGGUGGAUUCUCACGAUCAACUCCUCCAGACCACUCUAGAUUCUGGAAGCUACAACAAGCUUUACAGCUUCAAACACAUUGUCAAUGGAUUUUCCGUCCAUACCACCCCAUCACAGGCUAAUAAACUCAAACAUGCGCCAGGAGUAACGCUGGUGGAGAGAGAUAGAGGGGCCAAGUUGAUGACUACGUACACUCCUCAGUUCCUAGGGUUACCUGAAGGGAUAUGGAGCCAGGAAGGUGGAGAUGCAAAUGCAGGUGAAGGGCUUGUCAUUGGUUUUGUGGACACAGGCAUCAACCCACUGCACCCGAGCUUCGCUUACGAUCCCACAAAUCCUUACACCUCCAAUACUUCACAUUUUAAGGGGACCUGUGAGGCGGGUCCUGGAUUUCCUGCAAGUUCCUGCAAUGGUAAGAUAGUUUCUGCGAGGUUCUUCUCAGCUGGGGCUCAAGCUGCUACUAAUCUCAACACAUCAUAUGACUUCCUCUCACCUCUUGAUGCAGUUGGACAUGGAAGCCACGUGGCUUCGACUGCUGCCGGAAACUCUGGAGUUCCAGUGGUCCUCAAUGGCUUCUUCUAUGGACGGGCCAGUGGGAUGGCCCCACGAGCACGAAUUGCUGUGUAUAAGGCUAUAUAUCCAACUGUAGGAACUCUAACAGACGUGGUUUCCGCGAUGGAUCAGGCAACAAUGGAUGGAGUAGAUGUCUUGACACUGUCCAUUGGACCAGACACACCCCCAGAAGACACAAUGACCUUCUUAAGUGUGUUCGAUAUUUUCAUGUUAUUUGCAAGGAGAGCUGGUGUUUUCGUGGUGCAAGCUGCCGGAAAUCAGGGGCCUGGUCCUUCCACUGUAGUGUCCUUCAGCCCUUGGGCUGUGGGAGCAGCUGCUUCCAGCACAGACCGAAGUUAUCCUAGCACUCUUGUGCUUGGAAAUGGACAAAGAAUUGGCGGUGUGGGAUUAUCAGGACCAACCUUGGGAAAUGGUUUACUUCAAUAUAAGCUGGUGUUGGCCAAGGAUGCUGUUAAGGUGAAUGGGACAUUCCCAAGGACUGCACAGUAUGUUGAGGAGUGCCAAUUUGCUGAAGCACUGGACCCUCUUCUAGUGCAAGGCAGUGUUGUUAUCUGCAUCUUCUCGACAGGCUUCUUUAAUGGAAACUCUACCCUCACUGCCAUCAUUGACACAGCAAGAGCCCUAGGAUUCAUGGGGUUUGUUCUAGUUGCAAACCCCAACUACGGCGAUUUCAUAGCAGAACCCUUGCCAUUUUCUGUUCCAGGGAUUUUGAUUCCAAGAGUUGCUGAAACACAGAUUAUAGCACAAUACUAUGAACAGCAAACAUACAGAGAUCAGACAGGACUUGCAGUCAGGUUUAGUGGGAGAGCAGCUAUAGGGGAGGGAAGAAUUAGUUUUUUCACUGGACGAGCCCCCAUUGUGAGCAGAUUCUCUUCCAGGGGACCAGAUUUCAUUGACAAAAGUAGGAAGCCUGUUGAUGUGCUGAAGCCUGAUAUUUUGGCACCAGGGCACCAAGUAUGGGCAGCUUGGAGCCCCAUUAGCAUCUUAGAUCCAAUCCUAUCUGGAUACGGUUUUGCUCUAUUGUCUGGUACCAGCAUGGCGACCCCUCAUGUUGCGGGAAUAGCUGCUCUGAUCAAGCAAUACAACCCUUCAUGGACUCCAUCUAUGAUUGCUUCUGCAAUGUCCACCACUGCCACCAUUGUUGAUAACCUUGGAGAACCCAUAAUGGCUGAAGGAUAUGAUAUUGGCAGCUUGUAUCUCUCAACUCAUUUUGAUUUUGGUGCUGGCUUCAUCAGUCCAAACCAUGCCAUUGAUCCAGGCCUUGUCUUGACAUCAGGGUUUGAAGACUACAUCAGUUUCUUGUGCUCUCUGCCCAAUGUCAAUCCGGCUACAAUCAGAGCAAUCACCGGAGGAGUAUGUACUCAGUUGCUAAACCACCUCUCUGACCUGAACCUUCCUUCAGUGACAAUAUCAGAACUAAGAGGAACCCUGUUAGUGAGACGAAAUGUGAAGAACAUAGGAAGCAAGCAAGAGACAUACCUGUGCUCAGUCAUACCACCAAAGGGAGUAAUGGUUAGUUUGAAUCCACCUUCAUUUACCAUAGUUCCACAGGGAACCCAGGAUUUGGAAAUACAGUUGAAUGUGACCCAAGCAAUGGAGGACUAUAGCUUUGGUGGGAUUAUUCUUACAGGAAGUUUGAAUCACAUUGUGAGGAUACCAAUCUCAGUAUUGCCUGUUUCAGUGUGAAGAGAAAAGGAAUGAUGGGCUUCUUUAAGGGAUGUUGAAGGCUAAAAUUUGAAACUGAAUUCUUUCAUUCCAUGCAGAACAAAGAGUAGUACACCUCAUUUUCUUGAAUGUAUCGUGUAGCUAAGAAUGUUAUGGUCAAUCAACAGAUGUAUCCCAAGCACUUCAAUGUAGCUAGGAAGACAGAAUAAGUAAAGGGUUUUUGAGUUCAAUUCCCCUGCA